UGGCGAUCAAAACACAAGUGUGAGCAUUAUUCCGUCAAUUAAUCAUCAUUACUCACUUAUUGUAUGGGAUUAGUGAUUAUAAAUUAUUUGGAUAUAUGAGAUGUUGUAGCUUAGCGUAGAAGGAUGCCUGGUGUUAGCCUAGAGGUAGCCCUCUCCGAGGCCCUCGAGAUCAAGGGGUGCCCUCUUGCUGAACCAGAGAUAUGGGGCGUGCUGUGUCAGAGCGUCGAGGCCCUCCAAGAUCUCUUUAUCAAAGAUGAAGCAUUUAAUCAAACAGAUGACCGUCCAUCUUACAUGAUCAGCCCUGACACCCUGAUGCUCUCUGGCAACGGAAAGGUGAAAUUUGAUGAGCUCUCCCUGCAGAAGUGGCAGGAGAGCAAAUAUGCUGCUCCCGAGACUUUUUCUGCUCCCAUCUUGGCUGAUGUACAGCUUGAAAAGAUUUAUAUAUAUGGCUUAGGAAUGACGUUAUAUGAAGCUGCUGACUUUGGACAAGGUUUACACGAGAAGUUGAAGUUGAGUGAAGACUUAGAUACGCUGCUGUACACCAUGUGUGAAAAUGACCCGUCCAGCAGGAUCACUCUUGCUGAAUUACUCGAUGCUUGUGGCCAGCUCGCCCCUUCAAAGACUAACCAUAAACCAUACUCCCAAUACGUCACGAAGCUCUAUAAGCUGGUGUUUGGCAGCUUGCAGAACCUCACCAGUAUCCCCAGUAUCCCUGAAGAGGAGUUGGAGCAAGUGGAUCAGGUGUUUGGUGCCAGGGAGGAACAGGGAGCAAAGGCAAAGAGUCCAAUUCCACCAGGUCGCAAAUCACGCCACACUUCAGGGAAGGCCAAGUCUAGAGUCAGGUCAAAGUCAUGGAAUAGAGGCCAGGGAGGCAAUAGUUCAAGUGACUCAACCCAGCCUGGACUUAGCGUUCACAAUAGAUCAAGAAAGCAAAAUGGCUACCGGCCGCACAGUGUGGGACCUGAAUUUCCACAAAAUCUUGACAUUCCUGGCUCAAAUACGUUUGAUUUGCGUCUGAGCCAUUCGAUUGGACAAGAGCUGCAUCGUGCACCGCAGCAUAGGCGCAGACACCAGAUGGGAUUUCCCGACCCAGGGUUCCCAGCACAUCCUUAUCAUCACUCAGACAUGGCUUUGAAUAACUCAAGAGCAAACUCUCACAGGUUGCGCCAUACGGACUCGAGUAGAUCAGCACAACCCAUGGACUCUACGGAUAACUCAGUCCCCUUGCACGGUCCUGGGAGACCAGUGAGCUAUACGGGAUCUAUUCAAAGUGUUUACGAGAGACUUCGCGAAAGGCGUAGACGCCUCGAGGCAAUACGUGGUAAUAUGUUUUACGAUGAACCGAUUGAGCCAAUAUAUUUGAGUGAUACGUAUUCAAACAGUGAUAUUUCUACGGAGUAUGGGGACAGGCGCUCGAUAUUAUCUGCAGCAAAUUCAUACAAUCAGGGUGUGUUCCGUCCAGACAUCAGUUCAAGAUAUGGACCCGAUGUUGGGCUGCAGUUGAGAAUGGCUACGUCCCCAGAACAAGACGGCAGUGAAUUCAGUGACUUUCCCUUACAACUUCCUCCUGACCAUUCAGAGCUCCCUAAGGACAGAAAUUAUCGGGAUUCAAAACAUCUGCAUAACCGUCCUCAUUCUAUGCCAGAGCCUGUUAGAGUUUCUAGACAAGAGCCUCUGCAGUCAGGCACCAACGGGUUACCAAUGGAAGAAGAGAUAGCACCCACAAAGGAAGAAGCCGUCCAAGCCUUGGUAUCGAUGCUGAACCAUGCAGAGCCUAAAUCAAAAUCACAGAAGGACCUCUUGCAGAAGAAAUCCUCUAAACAACCGAAAUCUACCCCACCUAUGCGACAGAAAGAUGCUCAAUCACAAAAACCAAGGAAAUUUUUUGGACCAGAGUUCAUCGCCAAAAGUAGUGAGCCGCACAUCAGACUGACCAUGCCAAAUACACAAAAUGUGAAGAACAUCAACUCCCUGAAGCCGUUGAAGAUCUUAUUACUGAAUGGCGUGAUCAUAGAUCUUGUGUGCGAUCCAAGCACGACUGGGAAACAUCUUUUUGACCUCGUAGCUAAUCAUCUGGCUCUGCCUGAACAUUACUACUUCGGACUGACCUACAUUACUGACGGAGAGCACAUGUUCUUAAAUCAUGACACCAAGCUCAGCAAAGUCGCCCCAGCCAGUUGGAAGGACCAGAAAGGAGGCACCCUGGACCGUCCGUUUACACUAUACUUCAGGGUGAAGUUUUAUAGUGAAGAGAUCAGCCAGCUUAGACAUUCCUCAACCAAGCAUCUGUACUACCUUCAACUCCGUCGUGACAUCUUGGAGGAGCGGACCCAAUGUAACGAGGAUGACACCAUGCAACUCGCCUCCAUAGCUCUACAGGCAGAGUACGGAAACUACGACACCAAGACCUGUGGUCGCAAUUACUUCCUACCAGAACAUUAUGUGCCAGCGCGGAUUAUGCGGCGGGUGGGGACAGCCUUUGUUAAAGAUAAACUGCCGAGUAUGCACCGGAGUCAUCAUGGUGUUCGGGAGCUGGAAGCGGAACUACUCUAUCUUAAGGAAAUGCAGCAGCUCUCUGAGUAUGGAAUCCACUUUUACAGGAUAUUUAAGAGUAAACAGGAUCGAGUCAUACCAACUUGGGUUGGCGUUAACGUUAACGGGAUCAGCAUUGCCGAGAAACAAGGUGACACACGCGUGGUACUUCAGCGACAUCCCUGGUCGAUGACAAAGAAACUUUCUUUCAAUCGAAAGCGAUUUUCAGUUCUUCCCAAGUCGGACACUAAAAAUCUCAAGAUAGAUAAACUAAGCUACUACACAGACAGCCACAAAAAGGGACGUUAUUUGCUUCAAUUUAGUACACAACAACAUGAUUUCCAACUGAGGGAGCACACACGCUCCAACAUUGCUGAAAUGAUAGAUGAAGAGAUGCCAAUGGACUACCCCGAGGCAGUUGCUUCUGAUGAUGACGUUUAUGUCGAUGAGCCUCAGGAGCCAGACUUUGAGGAUUACCCUAGCGACAAGGAAUAUGAGGAUGAUGCAGAAAUGAUAGAAGCACAGGUUGAACAUGGCAUUGAGAACGCUCCCCAGAACUUUGCGGACGCAGGUUACUACCAGAAUGCUGAGGCGUAUGUCCACCACCGUGAUAAAAAGAGAGACUUGACUCCUACCCUGGUGGUCGAACCUACAGAUUCCUCAAUGGACUUCAACGACCACUCAUCGAAUGAGACCACUCCAAGGAUAGAGACCAGCAUGCACUCGCCAGACAAGAAUGAAAUGAAAGCUUUCGUGGUUGAUGCAAGUGUCAAGUCUGUUGACCAGACACUGUUUCCAGCAGGUUUACACAGUGAGACAGUAUCUGACACCCUGCAUGAGCGCUUUAACAACCUCCCACCUCCUGAGACGCAGGAGAGAAGAGUCAUCAUGGUAUCACUUGCAAAAGAUCGAGAAUACGGUAUCGGAAUAACGAUUGUCGGUGGUGAAAGUACAAGUAAACUUGACCUGGGUAUUUUCAUAAAGUCGAUUACGCCUGGUGGACCUGCUGAGACGGGGGGCCAAGUUCAAGCUGGUGACCGCAUUAUCGCUGUUAAUGGGAAGAGUUUCGAAGGUAUUCCACAUCACAAGGCUGUGGAGAUCAUCCGAGAUUCUCCUUCACCUGUUCAGCUCCUUGUGUCACAGCCAGUCUAUGCAGAUGAACCAGCCAAACAGACCAAGAGGUCCACUACUCCUCGGAGUAACACACAUUCACCUCGUUCAGGGAUGUCUGGGAAUGUCACACCAGUCAUUGAUAUACAAGCUAAACAUGUGAGUCCAUUGAAUGGUAUAGGAUCUGGUGAGGACUCCGAGGUUGACAUGCCACCUCAUGAGAGUCGCGUCGAGGCGAGGGAUGCCCGUAAGAUGCACACGGCACCAAAAACCGGGUUGAGCCCUCGUCUCCUUGACCAUGGUCUCCCACUCAUGAUGGGGCGCUCGCCAGUCACGGCCAUGAUGGAUAAAGCAUCGACACCUAUACUUACAAUAUCCCAAGAAUCUGAGAGUGAAGGUUCCGUAGACAGUGAGGAGGAUUUGGCGGACAAUAUCCUCGACCGCGGCACUUCUCAUGAUGUCAUGGCUACCCUCAAGUACGAGGAUAGAUAUGAAGUUGUCUUGCAGAAGAUUAAUGGGAGUUUGGGGCUUAAUGUCACGGGUGGUGUGAACACCAGUGUUAGGCACGGUGGGAUCUACGUCAAGUCCAUGGUGUCUAACGGGGCUGCUGAGCUGGACAACCGAAUACAAGUCGGUGAUCGGGUCCUGGAGAUUAAUGAUGUUCUCCUUAGCGGUGUCACACAUAAACUGGCGGUGGAGACAUUAAGGAACACUCCUGAAGUAUGUCGACUUGUUAUGGAGCGAGGUGUCCCAACCUCGGCCAAGCCCCCAACCUCAUCUCCAGGUGUCAGCGUGCUUUCGAAUACACCAACAUCUGAAAACUCGGGUGAAUCUGAAAAGGACUACUCGUUGGUGACGAAAGAUAAUACUUUCAUUGUGGAACUGGAAAAAACUGCAGAAGGUCUUGGUUUCAGUAUUGUUGGAGGCAAAGACAGUCACGAUGAUGGUAUUGUGUGUAUUCCCAGGAUCAAGAAUGUAUUUCCGAAUGGUGCUGCUGCGCGAAGUCGCAAGAUGGAUGUCGGUGACAUCAUUCUGGAAGUGAGCGAUGUGAAAGUGAAGAAUCUCACUCAUAAUGAGAUGAUAGCUCUACUGAGAUCAGCUACCCAUCGUGUGAAGUUAAAGUUGUGUCGGCCACUGGCUGGGAUUCUGCCCUCUGUCGGAGAAAUUCAGGAUGCUGAUAUCUCUGCUGAAUUGGACAUGUUAAACUCGUCGACUCCGAACCUGUCACCAGCCAACAACCAUGAGUACCACGCACUCUCCCCGAUUGGGCAAUCGGAAACCCAACUCUCAGAAUCAGAAUUUCCAGAGUCCAGCAUCAUGUCUUCCAAGUAUGAAUCCCCACCAAUAGACUCUGAUGCUAAUUACGAUGAGAGUUACCUGUCCACGGACUACUACACUGACAAAUCUCCGGUGUAUUCACCAUCCCGCGAUAUAGAUUCAGCUUCCUCCCUUCACCCUGCCAGCAGCCAAUCAGAUGUGAGUGUGUCAUCUCGAGAGUCGGUGAUACGGUCGCCGCUGAAGAACUAUUCUUCCAAGCAGCUGUCAAUGGAUACAGAUACAGAUAUGGAUGAAGUGUCACUGAACCCUGGGGAGAUAGAGGUGACCCUAAUGAAGAGAGACGGUGGAGGUUUAGGGUUCAAGGUGUCAGGUGGAGCAGACACAACCAAUGGGUGCUAUAUCAAGGCCAUCGUACAGGAGCCAGCUCUCUCGAAUGGACAGCUACAGCCUGGAGAUAAAUUAAUCAAAGUUAAUGGUACUGAUGUGUCGCACCUUGGCCAUCAUGAUGCUGUUAACUUCCUACGUGGGACGCCCCAAGUCGUCACUAUCAGGGUGUACAGACCUCCAACUCCUGUAGAAACAUUGGAGACGUCUGCAUUGAUAACACCAAGAGUUCAGGUUGAUUCGGAAGCUGAGUUUGGCCAGGAAUACCCAGGAGAUAGUGACCUCUCAUCAAGUGAACCAGAAGAAGAAGAUGAUGGGCCUGCCGCUGUGAAGGCGUUGAUCGCUAAUCUUGAGUCGUCCAAGCAAGGUCUCAUACAGCCUCAUUCGUAUGGUCGCAAAUCACCAGUGACUGAGGAAGUCGAGGAGGAAGUGUUGAGUCCACGGAGUAACGCCUACCUCGAAAUGGCUGUGCCUGAACGAGCGGAGAGUGUGGCCUCUUCUAUAGCACUGUGGUCAGAUGAUGGGUUGGAGAGGUCAGAGUCAAGACCGUAUAUACCACAGCAACAAAGCACCAAAGCUGGAUCAGGUAACAAAAAUCGCCAGAGUGGUGUGAUCCGUCUGGAGCUAGAGAAGAAUGCCAACGGUAGUCUUGGCUUUGGUCUCGUCGGUGGUGAGAAGGGAUCAUCUAUCGGGAUAUUCGUCAAAUCCAUCGCUCCGGGUGGACCUGCUGAUGAGGAUGGGAGACUGAAGGUUGGAGAUCGCCUCCUUGAGUUAAAUGGAGAAAACUUGAUCGGAAUGAACCCAAACAAAGCUGUUGCCAUCCUACGGAAAGCUCGGGGGGAAGUGUCCAUUGCAGUAUCUAGGCCAGCACCAUCCCGACCAAACAGCCAAGCAGCCAAGACCUUCCAGCUGAGUGAUGAAAGAGAUGCGCUCCGGCAAUACAUGGCAUCGACGCCGUCCUCCAUGCCAAGUAGCAAGCCACAAACGCCAGCCAUGAUCAGUGAGGAAGAAUCCGACGCAAUGCUCAGCCUCAUAGACUCUGUCAAACCGAUGCAUGAACGCGACUUCCCAAUAUCCCCUGCAUUUUCGGCAGACUCCCCUGCUUCCCCGAUGAUGUCACCGGGAGUGAUGAACAGUCAUGAUUCAGAUUAUGAUCUGGAGUCUUCCAGUGAGGAAGAGAGUGAGGAGAAGCCUCACAAUGGUUACCAAGCAAAGGACUCAAGUGAUGAGAAUGCUAAUCUUACAAACCGUGACGUGGAUUUAGAUAUCGCAGGACCAAAACAAAGCAUGUAUGCUGAUGCUGAUGAGGAGUCGUCUUCAUCGUUUGAUGAUGACAUCCCAUUACCUGAAGGAAGCGUUAAUGGUACUGAUGAUGUGGAUGGUGCUGAUGAUGAUCAAACUGUGGUUGAGAAUCACCGAGCCGAGAUUCCCGACCCGGUGACUGAUGAUUGGUUGCACACACUGCCCAUUGUCAAGGUAGCUGAGAGUGGUCUCUACAGUGGAAAGAAUCUGGAGUCUCUGAUCGAGAGGAUGACUGCUGGGAUAGAGAAUGACCAACCUGUUGAGGAGUAUAAGAGUUUGCGGCAUGUGGAACCUACCGAUAAUUGCGAUAUUGCCAAGAUGCCUGAAAAUAAACCCCAGAAUCGAUAUAGAAAUGUGCUACCAUACGAUGCAAACCGUGUUACACUUUCUGGUCCAAACAACUACAUCAACGCCAGCGACAUUAAAGUCAGUGUUGGAAAACACUCCCACCACUUUAUAGCCUGCCAAGGUCCCCUGCCAAACACGACCAGUGAUUUCUGGCGCAUGGUCUGGGAGUGUCGAGUAUCAGUCAUCGCCAUGACAACAUUAGAUCUGGAAGGAGGCAAGGUCAAGUGUCAUCGAUAUUGGCCACAAACAAUAGGUGCUUCAUUCAGUGUAGAAAAUAGGUACGAAGUUUCACUGUCAAAAUCUGAAACUUUGGAGCAUUUUAUAAUCAACACAAUCAGAAUGAGCGACAGCGAGACUGGUAUGAGUCGAGACGUCAUCCACCUGAAUUACACAACUUGGCCAGAUCAUGGGACACCAUCCUCAGCAAGACCGCUGUUACAGUACAUACAACUCAUGCACUUGUAUCACACCACUGGCCCCAUUGUAGUCCACUGUAGUGCAGGAAUUGGAAGAACGGGCGCGUUGUUGACCAUAGACCUGGUGUUAGCUCACAUGGAGAAAGAUUUGAAGUUUGAAAUUCCGAGCCUUGUGAAAGAGCUGAGAGAACAACGCCAAGGGAUGAUCCAGACCAAGGACCAGUACGUGUUCUGCCACAUUGCUUGCCUCGAAGCCUUGAACAGUCUGUGCGAGGAAGACAGCUGAGGGAAUUGACGCAUGUCUUCUUUAAAGAAAGUAUGGAGUAACUCAUGCGGAACUGAGUACUGAUCUAAAUCAGUUAGUGUAAAUAAACAAUGCAAUAAUUCUGUAGAAGAUUUCUUGGUUUACUAUCAUGUUCUCUAACAGAGGAUCGCAAUAAAUCAAAGCUGGUCAGAUAUUCAGAUGUAAAACGUGUGUAAGAUAAUAAUAUCUGGAAGGGGGUGUCUUCGACUAGAAAUAUGCACACUAUUGCAGUGCUUCCAUAAACAUGCAUGGUCAUCCAAGUACUCACUGAGGUUUCUAGUUAAAUCAUGUUAAAUACCGGUAACUUGAGUGAUGUAUGCAACUCUUAAUAUUGUGUGAGUUUGUGUGUCAGGAUUGUAGAAGUAGACAUCUGCUGGCCCGGUUGUUGGAAGCAUGGCUUGUAAAAGCAGGUUGACGUGUCGUUUUAUGUACUUCAAUGCACAUAAAAUGACAUGACCAGUUAAUAUGCACUCCAUCAACGAGGCCAUGGAUUUUGUAAGGGUUUAGUGUUUGCAAUGGAGUCCAAAAAUCAUGUGCUUCUAUUGAGAAUUUUGAAGGAAAUUAUAUUGUCAAUAUGAGAAAUAGUCGAAAAUUUCUUCUAUAUGUGAGUCUUCAUGUUUUGUUUCCCUGUAUUGGCAUUUUUGUCAGAAUUGUAGAAUUUAAUGCUGCACUUCCCCAGUCUUCACACUGGUUUACCUUAGUCUGAUGGAACACGGUAUAGUUGUGUUGAAGGUGUAGUGAUAAGCUCUUUGCUCAAAAUGACCCAUGAAAUAAGGCAUAAUGUUUUAGUUUUAGUCUUUUGAUAGACAUUAUACAAAAUUUGUUAUAACCUGCUGGUUGGUCAAACACAGAAUGCAGAUUUAAACCUUUACAAUUUGCUGGACAGAUUGGAGCCAAUUGUAGCUUACCUGAUGAUGUUGGUUUUUAAUCUUGCAUAGUGAUGGGCUCCAAAUGCAGUUUACAAGAUAACAUUGAUGUAAAUUACCCCAAUUGUGUGUUUUUGCUUUUUAUACAUGGUGUUUUAGGAAUUUAGAAAACCCUGAAAGCAAUACUUAUUCUCCUUUGAUCAGUUAUUGUGUAAGAUUAUCUACCGUUAUUCUUUCUAAUGUGAUUUCCCUGAGUGUGUUCUUGAAACGUAGCGUUGAAACCAUCUUAGUUAAUGCCGCAUAUAGGAGUAACUUUGUAUUCAGCAAUUAGAAAAAUAUCUUCAAGUUAGGUAGAUUAGGACUGAUUAUUGAAAAGUAACCUGAUAGAGCUGUGAUGUAUGUAAAUGUUCCUCACAUGGACAGUUUGUUAACUUAUAGUAUUAUUUAUUCAAUUAUUUAUUCCUCACAGUAUUUAAGUGUUGUCAGUGUAUAGCAAGGCACUGUGGCAUGGUUUAUGCAUAUACAAUCUCUUUUAAUAUUGAUUCAUUUACAUAAGUAUUGUUUGCUUGUAUUAUGACAUGUAGCUGUAGAUUAUUUUGCUACCUGUGUGAACAUCUCAUCGGUGGGCGGGGGCAGGUAACUUUAUACUCUCACAUAUGAUCCCUAAUUUUCUCCUAAUCACAUAUGAUUAUUUCAAUACAUUCCAUUGGUUGCAAAUUAGCUAUUUACUGGUAACUGUAUUGUUUGUGGAGGGGUACAAUAGAGGCAUGGCCGAAAUGUUGUCAAAACCUGAACUCCGGAGUGAAAUUAUUUUUGAGUUCAAAUUAACUGACCUUUCACCAAUUGACCCAGGUCAUUAUGCAACACUGUAAAUAUUGAUAUGACCUCAUAAUUGGAAACUUUCUGUCCUUCGCAUGCCAGAUCGGAGGAACAAAGGCCUUGUAGCCCCUAGAUAUGUGGUUUUAUUACAUUUAGUCAGAGUCACCCUGUACUACUGCAAUAAUCAUUGUUGUUGAAAAUAGAAUUAUGAACUAUGUCAUCAUUUAUCUUUAGCAAUGUAAAAAUGAAUAUUUUAUUAAAAUAUGAACCAUA